AUGCUUCUUCUACUUUCAGAUGAUCAAAAUGAUGCUUGCAGUUGUCUUCGUCUUCAUUUUUUGCUGGCUGCCAUUCAACUUGUUCAUGGUUGUUACAAUCCAAUAAUCUACGGUUUAAUGAAUUCACGAUUUAAAGCUUGCUUCAUCGCAGUUUUGUAUCGCAUACCAGGAUUUCAGAAGUUUUUCGCUCGUCGUUUAAGAGGUACUCGUGAAAGAUAUCCCAAUAAUGGGGAAAGUAUAUUUUUAGCAUUAAAUCAUCAACAGACUUGUAUUAACAAAACUAAUCGCAUCGUUAAAAAUGAUGAUUAUUAUAAUGGUGACGUUCGAGUUAAUGGGUUUGAAGAGAAUUCACAUUUGCAUAGAAUGAACACGAGUACGACAUAUAUUAGUACAAGAAGGAAGCAACAGCAUACAACUGGAAAGAUUGUUCAGAAAGUUGAGGUUUGUAAUCAAUUUGUCAUUUAA